AUGAGUAAUCGUUUCUUUGAGAAUAAAUUUAAUGAUUACAAUGGUGAAAAUUAUUUGGAUAAAAAUAGCGGACAAUUGAGUGAACCGUUUGCAUCACAAAUUACUAAAUGGAUUCAACAAUAUUCGAAAAAAUUUGAACAUGAAAUAGACGAUAAUGAUCCGUCGAUUUAUACGGGAUCAACUGGUAUUGCGCUAUUAUAUAUGAGAUUAGCAUUUCUAUUUCCAACACAACAAAAUGAUUAUAUAACAAAAGCAAAAAAUUUGAUUGAUAGUGCAAUUCAUCAACUGAAUGGAAAACGUAUUACGUUUCUAUGUGGUGAUGUUGGACCACUUGCAGUGGCAGCUGUCAUUUAUAAUGGACUUGGUGAUACAAAGACAGUACAAAAAUGUGUCGAUCAGAUUGUGUCAAUGAAAAAUUCUGUAUUGAGUCGUUCGAAUCCUGACGAAUAUCUCUAUGGUCGAGCUGGGUACCUGUACGCGCUAAUAUUUCUAAGAAAAGAGGUUAGCAGCGAGAUUAUUGAUUCACAACUUAUAACUGACGUUUUUGAAUAUAUGAUUAAAUCUGGAGAAAAAUAUGCUCGUCAUAUUAAUUCAAAAUCACCGUUGAUGUAUCAAUGGCACGAUGAAGAAUAUCUAGGAGCUGCUCAUGGCGUAUCCGGCAUUAUUUAUCUUCUUUUAAAAGUCACUUCACAUGAAAGUUUUUCACAUCUACGACCGUAUAUUGAAUCUCAUUUACUACCAACAAUAGAAUUUCUGAAAAGCAUGAAAAUUUCCAGUGGAAAUUAUUUAUCAUCUACAAACAGUCAUUCUGAUAAACUUGUUCAAUGGUGUCAUGGUGCAUCGGGAUUUGUAUUCAUGUUUGUUCGAGCGUAUGAAGUGACAGGAGAUACAAAAUAUCUACAGUUAGCAACAGAUGCUGGAGAUGUUGUAUGGCAACGGGGUUUAUUAACAAAAAGUUAUGGCCUAUGUCAUGGUACUGCGGGCAAUGGUUAUGUAUUUCUCAAUUUAUUCAGAGUAACUCAAGAUAUGAGAUGGUUACAUCGUGCUGUUAAAUUUGCCGAAUUUUGCUUGGAAUAUGAUAAACAUCGUUUGUCACGUCAGCCUGAUCAUCCACUGUCAUUAUUUGAAGGUUUGGCUGGUACCAUCUAUUUUAUGGCUGAUAUGGUCAAUCCAAAACACGCUCGAUUUCCAGGCUUUGAAUAA